AUGCCUAGAGACCCUGUCUCGGAGCGAUUUGAAGGCGUCGAGUCCGAAGUACAGUAUUUAAGAAGACAGCUCAAUGAAAUGCGGGAGUUGCUCCAGCAGAGUCAUUCGCGAUUCACGCCUUAUUCUCAAGACAGUGGUUCCUCUAGGCCAGAAGACUAUCAGCAACAAAUUACUCAUAAACAAGAUGAGUUUGCCACCCUUGCGGUGCCAGAUUCAAUAGUACACGCUGGCGAGCACCAUUAUCAGAGAUCCCUGGCGGCAGUCUCCCCGAAUGAGAUCUCCAUUCCUUCCCUUCAUGAGGCUUCGAGCUCAGAUAAUUCUCGCUCAAAUAAGAGGAAGCGCUCUUGUUUUGAGGUCCGAGAUGAACCGAUUGCGGAUUUCAUUGACAAGGGGCUCAUCACACCCAAAUGUGCUGUCUCCUGCUUUAACACCUUCUUCCAAGGCUGUGACAGGUAUAUCCCGAUUUUCGACCCUAAGCAUGACACGUUCGAUUCAGUGCGAUCUCGAAGCAGUAUUCUUCUCAAUGCCAUAUGCACUAUAGGCUGCAUGGUAGAGACUAAAUCCGGCGGCCCAAUGUCCGACAUGCUCCAUGCUGAGCUCAAGAAAUGGAUCAACGUCAUCAUACAGAACAAACACCUCAACUGCCUAGAAUCAGUCCAAACUAUGCUAAUCGUCGCCUGCUAUUCGGCCGAGCGUUUGCUAAUCUUGUCCUUUGCGACUCGUAUGGCCCUGGACUUGGGACUGCAUGAAGCCUUCGAGGAACUCACGCAUCGUCUCGCGAUGAAGACCGACGACAAUGCAUAUGGGAUACUCGACCAAACAUUUGAAGAGGAGCAAGACCUGAUGAGAAGGUCGCGGACGUGGUUUGGGCUCUUGGUUCUCGAGCACAUAUUCCGCGUUGACGGAGGGAAACCUCCUGGUAUUCGGCUGGCAGGAAAUGCGCGACGAUGUCGGAUUUUGCUCAGUCAUCCCGCAUCCACAAUAUUGGACUUACGGUUAUUGUCUCAAGUUGAGCUGAACAUUCUCAGAGCGAACGUCAACGACACUCUAGGGCUGGAAACAACGCUGGAUCGGUCGGCCAUCGUUGAAUAUGUGCACGAGACCAAGAUCGAUAUCGAUUUGUGGUUUGAUGACUGGCUACGUAUCAUCGAGAGUUCUCCGGCUGCAAACAGCGAAAAGCCGUUCUUGCUAGUUGCUCUAAAGGUGCAAAAAUGCUGGGCAGAAAUGAUGCUGAAUUGCAAAGCACUUCGAGCCAUGGGCGUCGAGAAUGUGGCUGCAAUGUCAGAGACCGAGCGAACCAUCCUCCUAACAGCCAAAUCCAGCGCACGGCGCCAUCUACACCUCAUCAUCGUCAAGCCAGACUACUACCUCGCGAAGCUAAAAUACGCCAUGGACUUCGUCUGGGCCAAAUGCGCAUUCUCCUUCUUGCUGCUCCUCAAACUAUCCCGUCUUCUACCCGAGCGCGAGGAAGAAGAGCACCAGGAGUUUCUCGACCAUGGCAACCGCCUGGUAGACGAGCUAAGCAAGGCCCGGUCCAAUGGCACCCAGUCUGGGGCGGGCAAUAUCUACCUCCAGAUUCUGAAGGUCAGUGUCGAGAAGUAUGGGCGUGCCCUUCGAGAAACACAGCCAAGUAGCGCCGCUGGCGACUCGGCUACGUCGCCGUUUUGGGAGCUCUUCGAUGCUCAGGCGGACUUGCAGGGGUUUGUACCGGAGCAGUUUGUGUCGGAGUGGGACUUUCCGGGUUUGAAUUUAUUUUAUUUUCCUACUGCGUGGCAGGAUUUCUUUGGGGAUUUCUCGUUAGCAAUGUAG